AUGGGUGAUCUGGAGCGAGUACGGGCCGAGGUGAUUCGGCUUGAGGCCGCUCUCCAGGAAGCGAUCGCCGAUAAACAUAAGGCCGCAGAAGUGGGACUGAGUAUUCUACAGGAAAAGGAAGCACUUGAGAUGAAACUCGCUCAACUCCAAACGCAAUACGAUGCCGCAAAAAUUGAGGUGGAUCAGGCUAACCAGAUGUUGGCCGAGUUUCGUUCACAACACAAAGCGGCUCAUCGAAGUGAACUUGAAAAUGAAAUGACAUUGCUGGAGGAGAGUUCAGCCAAGGAACGUCGUCUCACCGAAAGAAUCACCGUACUCGAGACAAACCUUCGGAACACUGAACAGGAGCUUGCUCGAUGUCGAAGCGAACUCGAACGACUGAAAGCGGAGCACAGCUCUGCUUCGGACACUGGCGCCGCACUCGAAGAAGAACGGCGAAGACUUAGAGCCGAAUUGAAAGAGACGAAGGAGCGAGAGCAAAGACUAAUGGGUGAAUAUACAGAACUGGAAGAAGAGAAUAUUGCUCUACAGAAAACCGUUGCCAAUCUUCGUGGUGCACAAGUCGAAUUUGAAUCACUCAAAAUCGACUGCACUAGAUAUGCCGACGAAAUUUAUAUGCUGAACGCUGCAAUAGAAGAGAGUCAGCUGUUGAAAAAUAUUGCCGAAAAGCAGGUGGAAGAAGCGUUACUUGCCGCACAACAGGAACGAGAACAACGAUUAGCGAUGAAAAAAGAGUUGGAUGCUGUGAAGAAUGCUGAGCAUUUGAGUAGUUUGACCGAUAUGCUUAUGGGUCUUGAAAGGCUCGGAGAGGAGCCGGUUCCUGCUCAGCCAUCUAACGACCUCUUCAGCGAACUUCAAGGAAGCACUGAUGAAAAGCUUCGUGAAUUGGAAGCUGCUCGUGAUGGCCUUCAAGAAGAGGUCAAAGAUAGAGAGAAAGCUGCUGUAGAAGUCAUAUCAAGCAUAAUGCAAAGACUCAACAUUAACUAUGCUGGAGAACUUGACUUCCGACAUGUUCGCCAACAAAAAGAUGUGGUUCUGGAUCGACUCGAUCAUCUGUUGAAGGGCGAUGAUGCGAAUGCGGACAAGAGAGUUCACGACCAAAAAGCUGAUAUACGCACAUUGUUACUUUUUGCUGGCGAGAAAGCAGCACAACUUGCAGCUGCUCAGGAUGCCAUGAUUCAAGUUUCCGAUCAAUUAUUCCAGUUCUACUCGCAGAUUGUUCAAAAUCAAGGUCUCACAUCUGAAAAGUCCGUAAUCGAGAUUGUGAACAAAUUGCGACAACUGGCACGCGAAAAUGCAGAGGACUUACCGAAAGUCUCGUUGGUAGACGAAGGAGUGGAGAGUGGGACCGAAACGGAUACCAGUGGUGCAAAGGGUAUUCCGUUGAACUCGGAUAGAGCUGUGCUUGCCCCAUCCUUUAUUCGUGACGUCGAUCCACGCCUCAGCAGCUGCAAAAUUGCUGAUGUGGUUAGCGAGAGUGAUCUUCGGCAACGCGUACUUACAGAUGGCAGCCCACUAUCGCAAACUAGUGAAAGUCUGAAAAAAUUGUUGACGACAGUAAAGCGAACAGCCGAGCAAGCACUCAAUCAAGCUAUUGCGGCCGGAGGAGCUGAAACAGACGACAUCCUCAUGCAAAACAUGAAACUUCGCUCGUUACUGAGCACAAAACGCGAUCAGAUCUCGACCUUGCGUACUGUGUUGAAGUCGAACAAAUUGACAGCUGAGUCAGCGUUGGCCUCACUUCGAGACAAAUACGAAGCCGAUAAGAAGGCACACCAGGAAAUCGGCGAGCGCAUGAGGCGUGAACUAAAACAACUCAAGGAAGAUGCUGCUACUUUCGCUAGUCAUCGUGCUAUGUUUACCGCUCGAUGUGAAGAGCUGCAAGCACAGGUAGAAGAACUGGAAGCUGACCAGCGUAAUAGCGAAGAAGAAAAGAAGACGCUUAACCAGCUUCUUCGCCUAGCUAUUCAACAAAAGCUCACACUUACUCAGCGCUUAGAAGAUGUUGAAGUGGACCGUGACCGACAGGCGCUAAGGCAAGGAGGUGGAAAACGCCAAGGCGGCCCGUCCAGAAGUGGCGAUGAGGCAAUUGCGGACUCCUCCCGUUUUUCUUCCUCUUCUCUGCGACGGGUUACUGUUUCAAAUGCGCUGGUGAAUAUAGACAACAGCGACAGCUUCUCAUGCGAGCUUCCUCAUUUUUUAGAGAACAGCCUCAAUCUCAACUACCUAGGCGAGGGAUGUUUUGGAUAUGAGAGCGAAUCAAUAUAUGUUCUGGACUCCGCCAUUCUCGAACUUGCCCUCGAUGAACUGCGAGCGCAACUUCCAUUACCUCGUCUAUUCGCCGACGUAGAGCUGGUUGUGCUGUUCUACGCUUCUCUUGCGUUUUUCUGGCUGUUCUUCACCUGUUCCCCUCAAUACUAG